AUUAAAUAAGCUAUCAACCUUCAAUUUAAUGGCUAAUUCUGUCACUCUUUUUUCUAUUAUUUUCUCAUGUUUCCUUCUCCGGCAACUAGUUUGCACAAAUAGCCAAAAUGUUAUUAAGGGAGGGUACUGGUUUAAGAACAGUGGAUUAGCAUUAAACAACAUAGACUCAACACUUUUCACUCAUCUAUUUUGUGCAUUUGCUGAUCUUAAUCCACAAUCAAAUCAGUUAAUCAUUUCGCCAGAAAAUCAAGAUUCAUUCAGCCAAUUUACAAGUACAGUUCAAAGGAAAAAUCCCCCAGUCAAGACUUUCUUGUCUAUAGCUGGAGGAAGUGCUAAUAAAACUGCCUAUGGAAUUAUGGCUAGACAACCAAAUUCAAGAAAAAGUUUUAUUGAUUCGUCAAUAAGAUUGGCUAGACAAUUGGGAUUUCAUGGCCUUGAUCUUGAUUGGGAAUCUCCAUUAUCAGCUACAGACAUGACAAACAUAGGUACUAUUGACAAACAUAUUUUUUUUAAGCGUAUAAUUUAUAUAUAUAUACACCAUGAAAUACAAAGUGUUAGAAAUAAGGUUAAUUAUGUUAAAGAUAGAGGACUGCUUGGUUAUUUUGCAUGGCACGUUGCAGGGGAUCAAAAUUGGGUACUUUCUCGUACAGGUUAGUAGUUUAUUUACUUUUUAUUUUAUUUUGGUUUUUAUAUUUUUGUAUGGAUAACACGUAAUCGAAUUAUUUGCUUUUAUUAAAAAAAAAUGAAGUGUAAAUAGGAAAUUUUAUUUAUUACUAAGUAGUACCAUGGCAUAAAUUAAAUGUUCCAUUGGGAUCAUUACUCGUAAAACUAAAAUAGUUAUUUGCAACAUAACACGACAUUUAAGUAUUUUUGAGUAGUGGGAAAAAAACUUCAAACUUCUUUUUCUUUAGCAUUUUUGUAGUUAAUUGUCAAAACAUCAUUUUUAUUGGUGCAUAUUUUCUCAUUAAAUUCUUAGGAAUGCAUGACUAUUCUUUUUGGUCGAUAGUCUUGUUAAAUUUGAUACAUGAUCAAUGUUUUUAAAUACCAUAGUUCAUAUAUUGGUACUUAUCGAGUAUAGAAUAGAGUAACUUUUUUUUUCCUUAUGAAUAAAAUACAUCUAUUCGAAAAUAAUCGAUUGGACUAGAGCAGGGGCGGUCUUACCAAUUUCGUGACCUAAAGGCAAACUUUAUGAGGGGUCUUAACUUUUUU